UCCCCGCCGAUUCGCCCGCCCAUGAUGCUAUUAUGCUAACCCCAACUCGCAUCCUCCGCGCAUCAUGGUCAAACACCCUCCGACUGCCAAAAUCUAGUUUUCCGCCGCGACCGUUAGCGUCAACGAACCCAACCUACUUGCAGCGAUGCACCGAUGACCUGUAUUCAUGGCAGGCGAGCCCCGAACGCGUUCUACGUUAUGGACACCUGGAGAAGCGGUUGAAUGGAAAGAAUGGCGAGACGCAAGGCAAUGCGCCGAAGGAGACCUUCACUCUGCAUGAUGGGCCGCCAUACGCCAAUGGGCCAUUGCACAUUGGGCAUGCAUUGAACAAGAUCACCAAGGACAUCAUCUGCAGACACCAGGUCGGACAAGGGCAGAAGGUGUCAUAUAUCCCUGGAUGGGACUGCCACGGUCUACCCAUUGAGAUCAAGGCUCUCCAGGCGCAAAAGAAGGAUGCGGCGCAAGCCGACCCUGUAAGCGUGCGCGAUGCUGCGCGCGAACUUGCGACCCGAACAAUUCAGGAACAGAAGCAGGGCUUCAAGGAAUGGGCUGUCAUGGGUGACUGGGACAACGCGUAUCAGACAAUGGAGCGAGGUUUUGAGAUCAGACAGCUGGAGGUGUUCAAGAGCAUGUUCGAGAAGGGCCUGAUCUACAGGCAGUUCAAGCCCGUCUACUGGAGCCCGAGUUCGAGAACGGCGCUUGCAGAAGCCGAGUUGGAAUAUGACGAGGGACACAAGAGCUUGGCUGCUUUUGUGAGAUAUCCGGUACAUAUUUCUGAGGCCUUGAAGAAUGGAGCGUUGAAAAACGUAGACCGUGAUGUUAGCGUAGUCAUCUGGACGACCACGCCCUGGACUUUGCCGGCGAACAAGGCGAUUGCGGUACACAAGGACAUGCAAUACUGCGUAGUCAAGGAUGCUGAGCACGACGGCGAACUGAUCCUGGUCGCAGCUUCACGAGUAGCGGAGUACGAGAAGAUUCUUGAGCGGAAGCUCGAAGUAGUGAUCGCGGAUGUGCGUGGCGAAGAUCUCGCCGGUCAAGUUCAGUACGAAAACCCGUUCCAAAAGGCAAACGGAUUACAGCCGAUAAUUCAUGCCGACUUUGUCACCGACUCCUCGGGUACUGGACUAGUCCAUCUCGCUCCUGGACAUGGUAUGGACGACUACAACGUCUGCAUGGCGCUCAACGUUCCAGCAUUUGCUCCCGUAGACGAUGCUGGUGCCUUCACCAAGGACGCGUUUCCGGAGCAGCCCGAGCUCCUGGAAGGCCUACUUGUUGCUGAUGUCAAGAAGUCGGGUAGCAACGCCGUGUGCAACUAUCUCCAGAAGCUGGAUAUGCUUCGAGGCAAGCAGAAUUACCGCCACAAGUAUCCUAUCGACUGGAGAACGAAGGAGCCCGUCAUUACACGCGCAACUGAGCAAUGGUUCGCCAAUGUAGAAGGUAUCAAGGACGCGUCGAUGAAAGCGAUUGACAAUGUCAACUUCAUGCCUGAGACUGGUAGAAGUCGUCUAGAGAGCUUCAUCCAGGGACGCAGCCAAUGGUGUAUUUCACGACAGCGUGCUUGGGGUGUCCCUAUCCCUGCCCUGUACAAGGUAGAGGGUGAUACUCUGAAAGCGACCAUGGACUCUGAAACUAUCGACCAUAUCAUCGAGAUGAUCAAAGAACGUGGUAUCAAUGCAUGGUGGACGGAUGCGCAGGACGAUCCAGCUUGGAAGCCGAAGCAUCUCACCGGAACAUACGUACGCGGUAGAGAUACCAUGGACGUCUGGUUCGAUAGUGGUACCAGCUGGAAACUUCUUCCACAACAAAAAGAUCAGCCCGUUGCCGAUGUAUAUCUAGAAGGCACUGACCAACAUCGCGGCUGGUUCCAGUCAUCGCUCCUUACCCACGUCGCUACUCAGCCCUACUCGACCGAAACUGUCAGAGCACCGUACAAGACUUUGAUUACCCAUGGCUUCACACUCGACUCCGACGGCCGCAAGAUGAGCAAGUCUCUCGGCAACGUUAUCUCACCAUCUCAAAUCAUGUCCGGCGAACUUCUCCCACCCGUCAAGCGAAAGAAGCAAAAGGGCGUCAAGCAAGACCCAGCAGCCAAGCACACACCAACAUACGAUGCCAUGGGCGCCGAUGCUCUCCGUCUCUGGGCCGCAAGUAGCGACUACACGCGUGAUGUCACAAUCGGGCAGCCCGUCUUAAUGUCCGUGAACCAAGCACUCCACAAAUACCGCGUCACCUUCAAAUGGCUGCUAGGCAUCUUCUCGCUUCCCUCUUGCCCACCACCCUUCACCUCCUUCAACGAGCUCACACCCACCAUCACCGAAUUUAGCGAACUUACUGAUCGCCUCGCCGUUCACCGACUGGUGCAGGUCAGCGCAGAAGUACACAACUACUUCGGCAAGUACGAGUUCUUCAAAGGUGUCAACGCGAUCAACAAGUACAUUUCCAUGGAUCUGAGUGCGUUCUACUUUGAAACUCUCAAAGACCGGGUGUACACUGGCGACACGAAAGACUGCGAGACACUUCAGCGCGUUUUGGGACUCAUCUUUUACGAGCUGUUGCAGAUGCUUGCUCCAGUCUGUCCGUUGCUUGUUGAAGAAGUUUGGGAUCAUGUCCCUGCGGAGCUCAAGGAGAAGAGUGCUCAUCCUGCUCGUGCGGUCUGGUCGCCUCUUCCUGCCCUUGGCGAAGCUGAAUCUGCCAGUCUGGAGUCUAUGAGUGAGACUACUAGCACACUAGGCGCAGCCAUCAAGAUCGCACAAGAGCGCCUCCGUGCCGAGAAGAGGAUCGGUUCAAGUCUCGAGAGCGCAGCGACGGUUUACCUACCCAAAGCAACCAACGCCGAGAACUUAUACGCCGAAUUCUCAAAAUGUAUGCAGCCUACGACUCCCACGCCAACGGAUCUCGAAACCCAGCUCGCUGGCCUCUUCGUGAUCAGUGAGGUCAACUUUUGGACACCGACUGUAUCGUGUUUUGCGAACAACGUUUUCAGAGCGCAGGAUCUGGAUACGAUGAAGAGGCAGUCGCAGUGGUGGGAGGAAGAAGCGCUUUCGAGUGACGCGGGAGUGUUGGGGAAGGCGAAGGUGCUGGUGCAUCCGCCCAGUAGGGGGAAGUGCCCGAGGUGUUGGCGUUUUGUGAAAGGGGAAAAGGAGGAGAUAUGUGGGAGGUGUAAGGGUGUUGUUUCGCUGCAGGGUAGGGUGCAGAUGUGAAUGUAGCUGCAGCUGCUUUGUACAAUAUUGUAACACGUUAAGAAUCGUCGAACAUGUGAACAUCACUGAUAAAUAUACAAACUGAAGUUGG